CUAAUAUGCAGCGUUCUGACCAUCUGGAACUGGUCGUUAGCGGGCUUGGAUGUCCUCUUUUCGAUGAUCCCGAGAAAGCUGUCGAAGUAAACGAAGGCCAUUCACUGGUUCCUUGGUGUGGUCAAAGAUCCCUCCUCAUCGACAGGUAUGAUUGUCGAGCCUAUUUGCAGGACCUCGCCGAUUAUGAUCGCGUCAUCUCGCUCAAUCAAGAAGACUACCUGUCUGAGGAGGAAGUGGCUAUUGAAAAAAUGUGCGAAUUUGAGCGAUACCUGGAACUACAAAUGGAUGUCGAUGACAUGACUACUCAGGCUGAGGAACAGAGAAAACGUGAGCUAGAGGCGUCGCGCUGCAAGUACGGUGCAGUUGACUUCUCUUACGAUGAGUCGAAUGAUGAUUGCAAAGAGCCAGAAGUAGAAAAUGGAGCGACUGGUGCCGAUACCGCCUCCCACGUAGAUGAGACGGCAAACGAUCCUUAUAUAUGUCCUCCGGAAUUGAAACACUUGACUGAUGUCCAUUUUCCUGAUACGGACAAACAGGCACAGAUAAUUGAGCGCACAGCUGUGUUCGUGUCUCGGCAGGGAAGUCAGAUGGAAAUUGUGCUCAAAGCCAAACAAACUUCCAACCCAUUGUUCGGUUUCCUAAACUACGACCACAUCUUGAAUCCUUUUUACAAAGAGAUGGUCAAGCUAAUUCGUCAAGGUCGCUACGUUCCGAAGCUCCGUCCGUCCAAACCCGAAACUCUGGAGCAAGUGGAACCAAAUAAGUCAAUACAAGAUGAUCACUAUGAACUGAAGUUGCCAAAGGUUGACAUUUCGAACACCGCAUAUGCGUCUUUGAUAAAUAAGUUCAAAAAAGUCAACGAAAUGGCAUCACAAGCACAAGCUGCAGCUGCAAUUCAACCAAGUCCAUCUAGUCUACCUACCAAGGAAUCGUGUUCUUCUGAGCCACGCACAGCAACGCCACCCGCUACCGAUGAGAUUGGUGCAGAUCCGUCCGCCGAUCGGAGACCCCUUCCACCACAGAAUGCGGAAGGCUCCCAGUCCGCCGAUACAAGCACACAAAACCCCGCUAACGAUGACUCGGUCGCUCCAACUAAACCCCACGAAAACCCUGCAGAUGUUCAAUCUUCUGCCGAAGAAUAUGAGCAAUGUUAUCAAGAAUAUUACAAGCACUAUUACUCCCAUUACUACACACAAUUUAGUGAUCAACAAGCCAAAAUGGUCUUGCGUGCCGGCACAUCCAUAAGUGAUGAACACAGAGCUGCCAUUGUUCAACAAGCGGCGAAGGCGGCCGCAGUUGCGGCUUCCGCAGCAGUGAAUGCCAUGUACCAAGCCAAAUUGGUCCAAAAAAGUGCACAAACUAACCAGUCAAUGACUGUAACAAUGACUCCUGGGGAACGUGGGAUAAUCGACAAGAUGGCUGAAUACGUGGCUCGCAACGGUAUUGAGUUUGAAGAAUUAGUUACUCGCCAAAAAGGAGGAGAUGCCCGAUUCGCGUUCUUGAGACCGAACCAUCCACAUCAUUCAUACUACCUGACUCGUCGGAGACAACUCCUACCGGAUCUACCAGACUCAGACGCGGACAAACUGGUUCCCGCGGCGACAUCGCAUUCUAACUCAGAUACAACCGAAACGCCAGCACCAUCACAACAGGCCACUGCACUCGGUCCUUUGGUGUCUGAAACGAAGCCCUCGGAUUCACCUUCGGACAUGAUCAGCGACCGUCAAUCAAGCAUUAGUUUCAAACUUAUGAAGCCUUGCAGCUCAACAAAGCUUCAUCCUAAUGGAGACGCAGCCCCACCCAGUGUAUAUGUUCAUUCGAGCAUUCCGACUGAGUGUGGUUUGACAUCCAGUUGUCCAGCUUUGGGUAAAGAGUAUAACUCACCGGCUAGACCCGCCACCCCGAUGAAUUCUGUCGCGUCAGAUGAUGAUGCUUCAGGCUCCGCCGGCUCCCAUCGCGAUCGUUCUAAGUCUCCUGUACGAUUCAGUCUCCCGGGAAUUCCCAGUGCAUCCAGCUCCAGCGCUGCCUCUCCAGCGUCUUCGCGAUCUGGCUCUCCAUCAGGAUCAAGUCCAGAGCGUUCGCUUGCGAGUUCCCCGCCCUCUCCUGUUGUCAAAGCUAAAUCUUUGAAGGACAAGCAACGUUCAAAGCCGUCUCGUGAACGAAAGUUAUCUGAAGAGCCAAAAGUCAAUCCUCUUCUGUAUCCUCGCACCGAUAUCCCCUGUCCAUACAGUCCACCAUCACCAGCGAACUCGCCAGAUGUCAAGUCCGAGGUCAAAUCCAGUCCGCGUACACCGCCUCUAGGUUCUAAUGCGAUUGAGUGUAUGUUGGAUACCGUCGAAGCGUCACAUUCACCAGACAAUCGCAAAUCGAGCAGGACAGAAGAGCGCCUGCGUCAGGAGCGACGAAGACGUGCUGCGCAACUUGUUGCACAACUUCGAACAGGUGCAUCCUCGGCUAGCGUGUCAUUUGCAAGUCGUUCCGAUCACUCAUCCAUGCGACCUUGUGCCAGCAUGAGCGCUCUCAGUGUCAGCUCAUCGCCUCCUCCCGCACCAGAUUCUGUUCCUGCAGCCGUAGCUCAUGCUGUCGUGGCUAGCCUAAAACGACGUCACGAAGAGUCGCUAGCCUCUCUGGAAGCAGAAGUCAAAGCUCGUAGGCGAAUGCGUUCUCCGCCUUCUGCUUACGCAUUGCCGAAGGAGCGCUCCCAUAAAUCUUCAUCUUCACGUGAUUCAUCCUCAAGGCAUUCGCAUUCGCCUGUGCCUCGUGAGCGAGAUGAGUCUCCUGAACGCAAGCGAUCCAAACACAAAAAACACCACACGUCACGCCGUUAAUGUGUUCCACUGUAAAUAAGUUUUAUCUGCAAUAUAAUUUUC